AUGAGUGACGAGGACACGAAUAAGGUCGAGAAGUUCUAUCUCAACCGUGCUGGAAAGAAAGUUGAAGUAAAUAUCGAUCAUAUAACUAAGCCUCACGCUUUCCAGCCGAAAAAACUCUCUCAGGGCGAAAAGUCAUCACCUCUGAUCAUAGGAGGCGAUCACAGACCUACAGCGAAUCCAAAAGGUAAACCUCCGGGGAAAACAGAGAAGUAA